UUGAAAUCAAGCCAUAGCUUUUCUCAUUCACCCUCCCACUUGGGGCUAAUGCACAGACAUGAACAUCUAUUGAGGAAAACCACAAAAAACUUCAAAACAGCUACAACGGGAAAAAGGGAGUUUUGUCCCACAGUCAGCAGGCCACUAGUUUAUUAAUUUCCAGUCACCUUGAUUUUUGCUAAAAUGAAGACUCUGCAGUCUACACUUCUCCUGUUACUGUUUGUGCCUCUGAUAAAGCCAGCACCACCAACCCAGCAGGACUCACGCAUUAUCUAUGCUUAUGGAACAGAUAAUUUUGAAGAAUCCAUAUUUAGCCAAGAUUAUGAGGAUAAAUACCUGGAUGGAAAAAAUAUUAAGGAAAAAGAAACUGUGAUAAUACCCAAUGAGAAAAGUCUUCAAUUACAAAAAGAUGAGGCAAUAACACCAUUACCUCCCAAGAAAGAAAAUGAUGAAAUGCCCACGUGUCUGCUGUGUGUUUGUUUAAGUGGCUCUGUAUACUGUGAAGAAGUUGACAUUGAUGCUGUACCCCCCUUACCAAAGGAAUCAGCCUAUCUUUACGCACGAUUCAACAAAAUUAAAAAGCUGACUGCCAAAGAUUUUGCAGACAUACCUAACUUAAGAAGACUCGAUUUUACAGGAAAUUUGAUAGAAGAUAUAGAAGAUGGUACUUUUUCAAAACUUUCUCUGUUAGAAGAACUUUCACUUGCUGAAAAUCAACUACUAAAACUUCCAGUUCUUCCUCCCAAGCUCACUUUAUUUAAUGCAAAAUACAACAAAAUCAAGAGUAGGGGAAUCAAAGCAAAUGCAUUCAAAAAACUAAAUAACCUCACCUUCCUCUACUUGGACCAUAAUGCCCUGGAAUCCGUGCCUCUUAAUUUACCAGAAAGUCUACGUGUAAUUCAUCUUCAGUUUAACAACAUAGCUUCAAUUACAGAUGACACAUUCUGCAAGGCUAAUGACACCAGUUACAUCCGGGACCGCAUUGAAGAGAUACGCCUGGAGGGCAAUCCAAUCGUCCUGGGAAAGCAUCCAAACAGUUUUAUUUGCUUAAAAAGAUUACCGAUAGGGUCAUACUUUUAACCUCUAUCGGUACAACAUAUAAACGAAAGUACACCUACACUAAUAGUCUGUCUCAACAAUGUGUAAAGGAACUUAAGUAUUGGUUUAAUAUUAACCUUGUAUCCCAUUUUGAAGGAAUUUGAUAUUUUAAGCAAGGAUGUUCAAAAUCUUACAUAUAAUAAGUAAAAAGUAAGACUGAAUGUCUACGUUCGAAACAAAGUAAUAUGAAAAUAUUUAAACAGCAUUACAAAAUCCUAGUUUAUACUAGACUACCAUUUAAAAAUCAUGUUUUUAUAUAAAUGCCCAAAUUUGAGAUGCAUUAUUCCUAUUACUAAUGAUGUAAGUAAGAGGAUAAAUCCAAGAAACUUUCAACUCUUUGUCUUUCCUGGCCUUUACUGGAUCCCAAAAGCAUUUAAGGUACAUGUUCCAAAAACUUUGAAAAGCUAAAUGUUUCCCAUGAUCGCUCAUUCUUCUUUUAUGAUUCAUACGUUAUUCCUUAUAAAGUAAGAACUUUGUUUUCCUCCUAUCAAGGCAGCUAUUUUAUUAAAUUUUCACUUAGUCUGAGAAAUAGCGGAUAGUCUCAUAUUUAGGAAAACUUUCCAAAUAAAAUAAAUGUUAUUCUCUGAUAAAGAGCUAAUACAGAAAUGUUCAAGUUAUUUUACUUUCUGGUAAUGUCUUCAGUAAAAUAUUUUCUUUAUCUAAAUAUUAACACUCUAAGUCUACCAAAAAAAGUUUUAAAGUCAAGCAGGCCAAAACCAAUAUGCUUAUAAGAAAUAAUGAAAAGUUCAUCCAUUUCUGAUAAAGUUCUCUAUGGCAAAGUCUUUCAAAUACGAGAUAACUGCAAAAUAUUUUCCUUUUAUACUAUAGAAAUGAGAAUCUCAUCAAUAAAUUAGUUCAAGCAUAAGAUGAAAACAGAAUAUUCUGUGGUGCUAGUGCACACUACCUUCCCACCCAUACACAUCCAUGUUCACUGUAACAAACUGAAUAUUCACAAUAAAGCUUCUGAGUAACACUUUCUGAUUACUCAUGAUAAACUGACAUGGCUAACUGCAAGAAUUAAAUCUUCUAUCUGAGAGUAAUAAUUUAUGAUGACUCAGUGGUGCCAGAGUAAAGUUUCUAAAAUAACAUUCCUCUCACUUGUACCCCACUAAAAGUAUUAGUCUACAUAUUACAUUGAAGUUAAACACAAAAUUAUCAGUGUUUUAGAAACGUGAGUCUGAACUGUGUAAGUAAAAGUACAAACAUUAUUUCCACCAUAAAGUAUGUAUUGAAAUCAAGUUGUCUCUGUGUACAGAAUACAUACUUAUUCCCAUUUUUAAGCAUUUGCUUCUGUUUUUUUCCCUACCUAGAAUGUCAGAUGUUUUUCAGUUAUCUCCCCAUUUGUCAAAGUUGACCUCAAGAUAACAUUUUUCAUUAAAGCAUCUGAGAUCUAAGACCACAAUUAUUAUUCUAACAAUGAUUAUUAGCUCAUUCACUUAUUUUGAUAACUAAUGAUCACAGCUAUUAUACUACUUUCUCGUUAUUGUGUGUGCAUGCAUCAUUUCCCUGACUUAAACCUCAGAGAGCGCAAAAUGCAGCUUUAUACUUUUUACUUUCAAUUGCCUAGCACAAUAGUGAGUACAUUUGAAUUGAAUAUAUAAUAAAUAUUGCAAAAUAAAAUCCAUCUAAAUAGAA